GGUCGCCGCCCAGCUCCGGCACUCGUGCGCGUACCAGUCAGUGGCGGAGGGCGGUGCUCGCUUGUCGCCCAGGCAGCCGUACACGGCGAGAACGCGCGGGGCGGCCUCGGCUGCGUCCGGGCAAUCCAGUGCGUGGUUCCGCCGUACCCCUCUCCACGACCUCGUUCGAGCAUGUUUCCCAAGGCCCAGGUGAGACGGAUUCUGCAGCGGGUGCCCGGGAAGCGGCGAUUCGGCAUCUACCGGUUCCUGCCCUUCUUUUUUGUCCUGGGAGGGACGAUGGAGUGGAUCAUGAUUAACAUACGCGUGGGCCAGGAGACUUUCUAUGAUGUCUACCGUAGAAAAGCCUCAGAAAGACAGUAUCAGAGAAGGCUGGAAGAUGAAUGAGACUGAACUUCAGCAGUCAAUAAAGUCAAUAUGAAUUUUUA